AUGGCCUCAUCUCAUGGCUUCAACGUCAUGAAUCUGGCGCGAGAUGUAAAGUCUGCCGCGGUCAGGGAGCGAGAGAAGGCCGUAGAUGAGCUAUCUCAUCUUCUUAACCCUCGAAAUCGAUCUACAAAUCUUUCCGACCUUGGCGACAAGAGCUACCAUGAAAUAUUUGAAGCUAUCUUCAGUUUUGUGCUUCGAGAGAAGCCACUUCUUUAUGAUAAGAAGAAAUCUCAAGCUACUUUGAAUUCUACAGCAGCUCGGUUGUCGAAAUGCGCCGAUGCCGUGCGCAUGGCAGUGGGACGUGGCAACUCCAAGAUCGGACGGAAGACACUCCUUGCGAUCGUGGAUCACAUUACUCAAGUCCUCCCUGGACCCAACAGUGAUGAUUUUGUAACUCCUUUGCUCCAGGACUACAUCAAAGCUUUGACCGAGGUACUGUCCAGACCAGCUCACGUGGAGAUUCUGGCCAGAAAGGGUGGUCAACCCUGGGAACUCUGUGUUGGCUUCUUCAUCGACGUUGCUCAGUAUCUGCUUCCCGACGAAGGAGAUAACCCGAGUUUGGCAUUAGCUCGGGCAUCGCCAGCUCUGGCUCGUUCAUCACCAGCGCUAGGGUCGGGAUAUAGUCGAUCUGCAGGGCGUUCGACGCCUUCAACGCAAAGCCAAAGGAAAACCGUGCCUGGAGAGGGCGGUCUUCUCAAAGAUGUCUUGGAAGGGCUGUAUUAUCUGAUCACAGCUGGUAAUGCGCCCUUACUUGGGCAAUACAAAGAUAUCACACCAGUCAUACUAAGGGUCUUGAGCCUCAAGCAGCUUAGCCUCGGUUCUCUGCAGACUUUGGCGUUUGCCAUUAUCAAUACCAUAUUCACCACUACACACGCCGACGACUUGGUUCAUGCCAGCUCUGUUGUGCACAGCCUUUUGCCACUUAUGAGCUACUGGUGGAGAUCCGAGAAAGUAUCCCAAGACGAAGUCAUCAGAGCACUCAGGAUUGAGAUCUCCAGAAGCGUUUUCUUGAUGCACCUCCAUAUCGAAAAUUUGGUCGUUAACUCCUUAGACGAAACAAUCCGCUUAGACCUUGAAGACUUGGCUGAGAAUAUCUGGUCGGAGUACUCCAAGCGUGGCGAAGCGUUCCGUCUGCAGAUGAGUGACAUAACUUUCACUCUAUCGUCUUUGCCAAAAUACGGGUUGCAGCUGAACAUCUUCGGUCUUCGCGCACACAAUGUAUAUGGAGAAGGACAUUGGGCUAUCGUCCAAAACCUGGCAUUCCUAGAAGGUAUCAUGCCUCAUUCCAGACCGCAGGCAGAUACCACAGAGGAGCAUGAGCACCCACGGAAAAGGCGGCGUAUUCGGCAAGAUAUGAGUCGUAUCCGGCUCAAACUCAAGACUGUUGAAGUAGCAGUUCGGAGGACUGCCCUGCAGCUAAUUCCAUUCCUCUUGGCCGGCAACUCUUUGAGUCGCGAUGAGCUCCUCGAUUUACUGCCCGAAUUAGUAUAUUUAGCAGCUGACAAGAACCAUGUCACAGCUUCUUGGGCUCUCAUAGCCUCCGCAAGUAUGGUCACAACUGCGGAUGUCAACGGACCCAGUGUGCUGUGCGACGCCUCCAUCAGCUUAAUGCUUCAUGUUCUCCAUUUACGAAACGCUCGAAUUCCCAGCGCAAGUCAAAAUACCUGUCACCAUAUCAUCCGAUGGGUGUUUCUUCGAUGGAACCCAUCGCCUGGAGGUCCAUUGACCGAAACAUGGAGCUCAUUCAAAUAUACCGAAUCGUUCACUCGGUAUAUCCUACUUACAAAGGAUGCAUCCCAUGAUACGGCUUCCGUUGGGGGCUGCAGCUUUUCAGGACCCAAUCUUUCAGCUCCAUUGGCUGAUUCCAAUACACGCUAUGCUUCCCAAAAAUUGACACUCGAGCUGCUUUACCCUAAGCUGGGUGAACUGACAGAUCUCUGCAUUUCUUGGACCAAGAGAAUGAACGAAGGUGGUAUACAAAUCUCACUUGAUCGUUUUCAAAGUCUUUUAUCAGCUUGCUUGAGUGGUACUCUAUUGCUUCCUAUACUCAAUGGCCUCAACUCAACUCAGUCCUUGUCUGUUGAAUCUACAUUGAAGGAGAUUCUAGACAAAGCGUUCAAUUCUGCUUUGACAUCGGUUGAACCGGCUGCCUUUGUUGAUUCGGUCUUGCGAGCCGUUCGAACUGUGAUGCCAGAUCUAACAACUUCAAGUCUGAAUCAAAUGCUAGCAAACAACCAAUGCCUGCUUCACUUGUUUGGAAGGAUAUGCAAGUCCGUUGAGGAGCAAAAAGAGCAAACAACCCUUGACAGCAAUAUCGAUCUGAUGGAUAUCGAUGAGGAUUUCGAUUCCCAAAACAGCAGGGCAAGCUCAGUACAUGCGCCAGUGGCAGUCCCACGCUUUGUUAUCCAGAUGAAAUUGGACACGCGGGCUUUUUAUACAGAAACAAGGGCUCGGCUUCGAUUACUGUCCAUUUUGGAUGACGAUAUUGGGCAGAUUGGUCUGAUUCCCGACGCAUACGUAGAGCACCUUAUUGACAUGCCUGAUGAAGACUUGUUGAUGUGUCGGAAUCUGUUGCUUGAAGUCUUCGGCUCUGAUCUCAUCGUCACACCAGAGAACACCUUGUCAAUCAUUGAAAGACUUGGACAAUACGUUGGUAUGCUUGAAUAUCAGUGUGCUGAAGUUGCUCUGAGCACUUGUAUUGGUGUGAUCGAUGGACUGCAUCCUGUUUGGCUGAACGAUAAGAGUCAUCUCUCUGAGCGAGUGGGCGAUCUCUACUAUCACUUCAUUAAGGUCUGCUUAACCUCGAACAUCCUUUCGCCUGGAGCGCAAACAUCAAUGGUACAGCUCCUGUUUUCAUUGUUACGGACCAACACAGAUUACGGUAGAGACCAAGGCCUCGAUUCACCACGCACCUGUCUACUCUAUAUCCUGAAAAACGGACCUAUGUCUGUCAAAUACGCCAUCUCACAAAGGAUUGCCGAUGUUUUUGACUUGUUUGUUCUUAAGCUUCAUGAUGAAGUAUUCGUGGACGUCCUGGACAGUUUGCCCACGGACCCGCUUGACACUACUGGUAUUGCGUUUCGUCUACUGGUACUGUCGAACCUUGCCUGCAGAUGGUCAACCUUGCUUCGGAGGUGUACCUAUCACAUAUUCGAAACUCCAGGAAAGAUCCCAGUCUCAACAGACUAUGCGACUCGGUGCUUGGUCAACGUAUCAAGAACGCUGAAGUUGGACUCGCCCAAAGCCUUGUUCAGGUUGUUUGCUCGGCAGCUUUUAUACACCUGGCUGGAAUGUGACCCAAUUGAAGAUGUUCCAUUUUCGAUUUUUGGUUUCAAGACACUUGGAGAUCUUCUUAAAUCUGCCCAGUCUGAAGCUAUUGGAUUAACUGUGAUGCGUGGUCAGGGCGAGGCGUUUGCUGAAGUUUGCCGCCUCCUGGGUAGUUCUGAAAGCAACCUUGUUCGUGAAAAUUUCACCACCGCUGUUGCUUACAGCAUGAUCUUUGGAGAUUCGAAUGGAGGCGAUGACAAGGAACGUGGCGAGGCUCAUAUUAAGAAGUUACUCGGACGCACGGCUUACAUGGAGUUGGUAUACAUCAAUUUCAUAGACAUCGCAGCACUAUUCUUCGACCUCAUCGACCAAGAAAAUUCUUUGGAAAGGGUCUUUGCCAGAUUCAAACUCGAUUACGCUGGCGAGAUUCUGAGCGCUAUAAAGGCUAUCUCUCACUCUCCUGCCGAGCUGCCAGCUAACCAACAGCCAAUGUUCAAGGCCAAAUACCUUAUCAAUGAGCUUCACAGACUCUGUCAAAAUACCGAAUUCCAGUUCCAUGACUUGUGGACACCUCCAGUGGUCGUCUCCAUUGCUCGCAAACUUCUCAAUACUGUACAUACGGCUUUGGGGCCUUUGCAUGCUUGUUCUGUUCUCCGGAAAGUACGAGUUCUAAUCUCUCUUGCUGGCUCAGUGGCUUUGGACUCAUACCCUUUGGAAAUGCUGCUCAACGCUACCCGCAGCUUCAUCACCGAUUCUGAGUGUGCAGACGAUGCCCUGGGGAUCAGCCAGUAUCUUCUGGCCGAAGGGGCCAGGCAUCUUAGCAAUGUCCCGUCAUUUCUUGCCGGAUAUGCUUUGUCGACCUUGGCAUCUCUUCGAGUGUUCCUAGAGUCAAGCCAGUCCAGCACGACUCAGGAAAGCCAGUUCAAGGCGACAAUGAGCAAAGCGGAAAAGUUCCACGGAUGGUUCAGCAAAUAUCUUGAGGACUAUGAAUCACAUAUGUUCAAGACCAUCGAGCAGAGGAACGCUUUCAAAUCGAUCACUCAGUCUGCUGCUCGUAUUCGAUCAUCAGGUAAUGCCGAGCGGGGUACUGCAGAGAGCAAAUUACUGUUGGACAUUCUAGCGGACGGAGGCGCGGAGAAUCAGCUAUUAAACGACUCUUCUCGCCAACUUGCUCUUGGUCUUCUUUGCGGCGACUUUAGCAUCCCCGACACGAUCAAGGAUGGUAUCAUCGAGUCUGACGAAGAUGCUUUGAAACACUCGACUGCUGUAUGGAAGAGUUGCGACACUGAGAAUCUUAGCAAAGAGUAUCUUGCGUGGGCGGGUCGAGUUGUCGGGCGAGCAUUCUCGGCGUCGGGAGAGAUCCCAACCGACGUCCUACGUGAAACCUUUCUAUCGCGGUACCAGCAAAUGGCUCCAGGGUCCAACGGCUCCGAGAUGGGCAUACUAUACCUUCUUCAGGACCUUACCUCGAGCCCUGACUCUGUUACCGCCGGCUUGGCUGAAGCGGCUCUUAGAUCCAUUGUUUCAGAUGCCAACAUGCUGGAUGAUGAGCCUCUGACCGUGGCUUGCCAAAAGAGCCUGACGGAGUCGCUCUUGGUGACAUCUCAAUGGGGUGCGCAUAGAUCGCCUCCAUCUGAUAAAUGCUCUGCUACACCUACAUCUUCGCCAGCUCAACAAGAUGUUUGGUCUGCAGAUAUCACUUCGAAGGACUGGCUGCUGGGUCUGAGCGCUCAUCUUGCUCGAUGUAUCCCUGACUCGAUUAUUCUUUCGGUUCUUGCCCCCAUUCUCGCCAGGGUCGAGCACUUUGCAGAGAGCGCCUUCCCUUUUGUUGUUCAUCUUGCACUUUAUUUCCCAAUUAAUCAGCAACACUCCCCUAAGCGCCAGCUAUCUGUGGCAAUCAAAAACUGGCUUCAGAAUACGGAUACAGCAGCCAAGGAGAACCUGAAACUGCUUAUCAAUAUGCUACUAUACCUAAGGACACAGCAAUACCCGAAAGAGUCAUCGAUAGCUGACAGAUCACAUUGGCUAGAAGUUGACUCUGCUUUGGUCGCUGCCACAGCAUCACGCUGCGGCAUGUUCAAGACGUCUUUGCUCUUCGCAGAAUAUGUCUCGCCUGAAACCUCACGUUCUUCAAGAAGAUCUUCUGCAGCAGUGAAGGAGGUGGAUAUGAGCGAAACUCUUCUGUCGAUUUUCGAGAACAUUGAUGACCCGGACGCAUACUAUGGUCUACCAGAAGAGCCCAGUCUAUCAAAGGUUCUUUCUCGUGUGGAGUACGAGAACGAUGGUCCCAGAAGUCUUGUAUUCCGGGGCGCCAAGUAUGAUAGCGAUAUUCGUCUCGGAAAUCCUAUGGCCCAGUCAGACGGGCAGGCUUUGGUUAGAGCACUGGGUACACUUGGCUUGUCGGGACUCUCGAACUGGUUUCUCCAGACACAGGAUAAUGUGGAACAGACUCCAGCUGCUCUGGAGGAUACCUUCAACACAGCCAGGAAACUGGAGAUUUGGAAUCUACCUGCGCCUUCCAGCGACCAUCACGCAGUCACGGUAUACAAGGCGUAUCAAAGUAUUCAUCAAGCAACAGAUAUUGAUAACGUCAGAACUGCUCUGCAUGAUGGUUUCAGUCGCACAAUGAGUAGCCUGGCGGCCCACGGUCUCAAUGCUACAGCCAUCAGGAAGCGUCUGGGAGCCCUAGCCUCUUUGACAGAGCUUGAUGAUGUCCUUGGUGUCACCGAUAUCACGGAGAUGGACACUCUUAUCGAAAAGUUCAAAAACCGAAGCGAUUGGAUGAGAAGCGGAUUAUAUGGGAGCGUUAGCCAGAUCCUUUCUUGCCGUAGCACUACGAUGAGCAUGAUCAGCCGGCAAAACGCUUUACAAACAAGCAUCAAGCUCUCCGUAGCUACUGCAAGGCAGAUGGAGGUUGAGGCAAUGAUCACCGCCUCUCAGAUUUAUCGCUACCACCAAGCAACACAGGAGAGUGUCAACAUCUCCACUAGAUUCACUGACCUAAUACCAUCCUGUGCGGCACUUGACCUUCAUGUCGAUGCAGCUGUUAAUAUUGAAACUGCCAACUCCCUCUGGGACUAUGGAGAGAUGAGCACCUCCAUUCGUAUGCUCCAGCGCAUCGACAAUGAUUCUAUCCUUCAGAAGCAAACCUUGCCGGUCAGUCGGUCUGACUUGCUUUCGAAAAUUGGUUAUCAGGUGUCUGUUGCACGUCUUGAAAAGCCUCAUGAUAUCCAAAAGAACUAUCUGGAGCCUGCGCUGAAGGAGCUCAAAGGUAAGGGUCAAGGCCGCCAAGCGGGCUCGGUAUUCCACCAGUUCGCCAUGUUCUGUGACCAGCAACUACAAGAUCCGGAUGGGUUGGAAGACUUGACACGACUGCAGAAUUUAAAGAAAGCAAAAAGUGAUGAGGUAUCGGAACUGAAAACUCUCAUCGGUAGCACCAGGGACACUCAGCUGAAGACCAGAUACUCGCAUGUUCUAAACAAGGAAAAGCAAUGGCUCGAUCUAGAUGAACAAGAGCUACGAAGAGUUGAACAGACACGCAGCGAGUUUGUGCGCCUGAGUCUCGAGAACUAUCUUUUAUCGCUAAUCGCAUCUGAUGAACACAACAACGAUGCACUCCGUUUCACGGCUCUUUGGCUAGAGCGAUCGGAAGAGGAAAAUACGAACAAAGCAGUUAUGAGGCAUCUAUCGGAGGUACCAACCCGAAAGUUCGCUGGACUCACCAACCAGUUAACAUCACGACUCCAAGACCAUGGCACCACGUUCCAGAAACUGCUAUUAGAGUUGGUCUAUAAAAUCUGCGUGGACCAUCCCUACCAUGGCAUGUAUCAAAUUUGGUCAGGAACGAAGGCAAAGGCGCAGCAAAAAGACGACGUCGCCGUCUUGCGUGUCAGGGCAACAGACCGAGUUGCCAAACGCCUGGCCGAGACGCAAUCUGUAGCCAACAUUUGGCUUUCGAUCGACAAGACGAGCAAAUACUACCAUGCCCUCGCCAUGGACCGGAACCCAAACAAAUACAAGUCAGGUGCAAAAAUUCCACUCAGAGACUCUACCCCCGGCCACAAUCUUGUCAACUGUCUUGCCAAGUAUCGGAUCCCUUCCCCAACUAUGCACGUCGAACUCUCCGCAACAAAGGACUACUCAAAGGUACCGAUCAUCUCGAAACUAGAACCCACCAUGACCAUUGCUUCGGGUGUGAGCGCGCCCAAGAUCAUCACAGCUAUUGGAAGUGAUGGAGUACGCUACAAGCAGCUUGUCAAAGGAGGGCAUGACGACUUACGACAAGACGCCAUCAUGGAACAAGUCUUUUCGGCAGUAUCGUCUCUGCUGAAGCUUCAUAGGACGACUCAGCAGCGGAAUCUCGGCAUCAGGACUUACAAAGUACUUCCACUCACGGCGUCAUCUGGCUUGAUUGAAUUUGUGCCCAACACAAUCCCCCUUCAUGAGUUCCUGAUGCCUGCGCAUGAAAGAUACUAUCCAAAAGACCUGAAGGGCUCACAAUGUCGUAAGGAAAUCUUUGGGGUCCAAAACAGAACGGUAGACACCCGUGUUACUACCUAUCGCAAGGUCACCGAGAAGUUCCAUCCAGUCAUGAGGUAUUUUUUCAUGGAAAAUUUCAUGGAUCCCGAUGAGUGGUUCCUCAAGAGAUUGGCAUACACAAGAAGUACUGCAGCUAUAUCGAUGCUUGGACACGUCCUCGGCCUGGGUGAUCGACAUGGGCACAACAUCCUUCUGGACCACAAAACUGGAGAGGUAGUUCACAUCGAUUUGGGCGUAGCGUUCGAAGCAGGUCGUAUUUUACCCGUGCCCGAACUGGUGCCGUUCCGCCUUACGAGAGACAUCGUGGAUGGAAUGGGCAUCACGAAAACAGAGGGAGUCUUCCGUCGAUGUUGUGAGUUCACCUUGGGCGCUCUCAGGGAAGAGCAGUACUCCAUCAUGACAAUCCUGGAUGUGUUACGCUUUGACCCCUUGUACACAUGGUCGAUCUCACCCCUCAGACUCGCCAAGCUUCAAAAAGCAAGACAUAGUGAUGACAGCCUCAUGGACGACGAACAAAGUGAAGCCGAGACGAAGAAGGGCAAAAAGGCUGCAGGCCAUGUCAAUGAGCCUUCUGAAGCCGAUCGUGCUUUGGAGAUUGUGAGAAAGAAGCUGUCCAAAACAUUGAGUGUAACUGCUACAGUCAACGAUUUGAUAAACCAGGCAACCGAUGAGCGUAACCUGGCAGUCUUGUAUUCUGGAUGGGCAGCAUAUGCCUGA